UGACAGUUUGGGUCUCGCGCUCAGCUCGCGGACGUCGGGACGGAGACGAUGGCGGCGGCGGCGGCGGCCGCCUGCGGACCCCGCAGGAUCCGGGACAACUCCCGCCGGAGACAAGCCGCACUUUUAUUCCUCAGUAACAUCUCGCUGGACGGACGGCCCGUCUCCGGAUCGGGGGCGCCGGCUCCGGAUCCCGGGACUUGUCCUAGCGAAGGAAUCUGCUCUCCGACGCCGCGGACUGGACUCCUGAACGUGCCGCCGAUCCUCGUCCUGCCGUCGGACGCCGAGGUGCUGCUGGAGAGCCGCCGAGGCUCGUCGCCCUCCACGGGGAUCAGUCAGCGGCUGUCUGCGUCCCCGUCCAGCAGCAGCCUGCUGCCGGGACCGGGACCGCGCAAGUCCUCCACGCUGCUGUCGGUCCAGAGUUGCAGCUCCGUCACCUCAGAGCUCAGACACAGGACCCGCAAUCUCUCCGGUUCUCCCAGACCUCAGCAAGCAAAGAAGACUCACUUCAUCAAGAACAUGAAGCAAUACGACACGAGAGGCAGUAGGAUCAUACUCAUCUGUGCUCAGAGGUCUCUGUGCGCUGCCUUCUCCGUUCUACCGUACGGAGAGAGUUUCUACAUCAGUGACCCGACACUGAACCACCCAAGGAGGAGACACUCAUCCGGUAACAUCUCCACCACGCUGGAGAUGUUACCGGGCCUGGAGGGUUUCCAGCUGCAGGCCUAUGGCAGGUCAGUGUCGUACGCACAGUUCCUGUACCCGACGAACGCUUUGGUGCGGCAGAAGCCGUCGUCAACAAACGACCUGACGCUGCAGAUCCCUGUGUCCAGGAGCAGCCAGAGUGUGUCGGGCCGGAGCUUUCCGCCCAGCAGGCUGAACAGCACCGUGGGACUGGACCCGGGUCUGGAGGAUGUGACAGACUAUGACCCGGACCUCCUCAGCGACCCCCAGUGGCCGUGUGGGAAACACAAGCGGGUGCUGAUCUUCGCCUCCUACAUGACUACCGUCAUAGAAUACGUGAAGCCGUCUGAUCUGAAGAAGGACAUGAACGAGACGUUUAAGGAGAGGUUUCCUCACAUCAAACUCACUCUGAGUAAAAUAAGAAGUCUGAAGCGAGAGAUGAGAGCCGUCGGUGAGGACUGCGGCCUGCAGCCCGUCACCAUAGCAAUGGCGUUCGUCUACUUCGAGAAGCUGGUGCUGAAAGGUCGACUCAACAAACAGAACAGGAAGUUGGUGUCAGCCGCCUGCAUCCUAUUGGCUGCUAAGAUCAGCAGUGACCUGAAGAAACAGGAAGUCAAGCACCUGAUAGAUGUUCCCUCCGGGUGCUCCAGUUUCCUCCCACAUCCAAAGAUGCGCAGAAACUGGAGGAGCGUUUCCGGAUCAGCAGGCGGGAGCUCAUCUCCUUUGAGUUCACCAUCCUCGUUGCCCUGGAGAUGGCGCUCUACCUCCCUGAGAGUAAAGUCCUGCCCCAUUACCGGCGGCUGGUUCAGCAGCAGCCUUUGUAACAGCGCCUGGCUCAGUGGCACCGCAGCAGCAGGGACCUUACAACCCCACACUGUGACAGACGGAUCCUGGCAAUGCCUGGCUUCGCGGCACUGAGGCAGAAUCCUCCUCGCCGAUCCAGUCGACGCCAAAGUCAGGCUACACUGUGACGGUGCCUGGCUCAACAGCACGGCGGCCCUCAGAAACCAAAGUGAUGUCACACUGUGAUCCAUGGUUCAGUGUCUCAACCAGGACCCUGCAAGACUCGAGGAGCGCAAAACCCGCCACUUAACCAUGUUUGGUAAGGGCUGUUUCCUGGCCCCGCCCCUUUUAGUGGCCCUGCCCUAAUCAGAACAAGAGUAUUUCAGACAUAACUGCAAAUAUUUGUCCUCUGAAUUUUUUUGUUCUUUAUUUUGUUGCCUGUGGCAACACGAACACUUCCUGUCUCCGUCUUUGUUCUUUUUUGCACUUCUUUUUUUUUUGUGUUUAUGUCAGAAUCCUGAAUCAUGUUUUUAUGUUUACGUAACAGAGUAAUAAUAUUUUUCUACGCCAAAUAGGUGAAGUAUUUUUACACACUGACAAAUUACUGCAUUUUUUCCGAUAAUCACUAGUGAAGACUGACGUAUGUUUUUACGUCGUGUGCACUUUGUCAAAAACUAGAUCACUCAGAAGAUCAGACAACCACCACCUUGUGACCAACGGAUCAGUUAAUAAAACUGAAAUUUAAAGAAAACAUUUUUUUUUAUAAAGAAAAUUAGAAAAUGAGAACGUAUGCAACUGUAUUUUGGACUACUGUCCCUAAAACAGGAUUUUUCUGCAGGAAAAAGUCACAUGAACCAUUUGGUUGGUUUCAAAAUAGAUUUACAUCCAUGUAAAAAUAUCUGAGAUUAAAAUGACGCCCCGCAACCCGAUCCUGGAUAAGCGGUUGAAGAUGGGUGAGUUAGUGAUUAAUACCAUGUUUUGUUUUGUUUUUUAAAUGGUUGUAAUGUUACGCAAAUAAAGUCACAAUUUUAAGAAAGUAAUUUUACAAGAAUAAAGUUGCAUUGUUAUAACAAAAGUCAAACUGACAAAAAUAAAUAAAAGUAAAAUACAUAUUUAUGUUAUUGUAGAAAAUCAUGAUAAAGUUUUUUUUGUCAUUAAAUAGUCAUAAGACAAUGAAUUAUAGACAAAUAUUUAUUCUUAUAAUUUGUCAGUUCUGAUGAAACUGAGUAGCAGCUAAUGUGCUAAAGUUUGUGCUUCACCACUGAACCUUCAAACGGUCUGAACUCAUUUUCUCUACAUUAGAGAUUUGUUCAAUUUAUUCUAUGCACCUUGUAUCCCAACAGCUGACCUUUGACCUCUUCCUCGGUGGUGCCUCUUAUUUAACCCUGAGCAUGUUUGUUUAAAUUUGACUUUAAAGUUUUCUGAAUAAAAACGUGUUCUGCGUGAAUACUGAGGAGAUAGUUUCCCGUUACGACAUUUUUUUAAAUGAUAAUUGUGACAAAACUAUAACGGUGCUCAUUAAGGUGCACGACUGCACUGAAAACACCUCACGGUGGGAGAAAAAUUAUGAAAAUUUACUAACUCAAAACAUAACAGAACCCGUUUCAGAGCAGAUCCAAGAUAAUCAACAAGUUACAGAAAACUGCUCCACUGUAAAGAGCUGAUUAAAAAGCUCUUGAUAGGAUGGUGUUGUACAAAAAUGACCCGUUAAAGUCACUGCUCAUCACUUUGUGACACAAACGAGCUGAGCUGAAGAAUCUCUGAGGCGGAAACUCAUUAAAGUAGACCUGCAUUGAAAUAAAUGCAGUCAGAUCUUUGGACCAAAAAAUGACUUAUAUUUACACAUAAGAUCCUUCUGAAUGUAGUAAAGUAAAUCUGCAAGCCCAGAUCUGUCAUUCA